AAAAAAACAGUAGUAAUAUCUCCGUUGGAAGGCAGAUAAACUUGUUUUGCUGAACAUGUUAUUUCAUGUCUUCAACAUUGGUUUAUUUUGUAAUUUUUGAUUUUGAAUCGUUUUGUAAUAUAAAAUUCGGAUGUAGUGACUGGAAAUAGUCACUACAAAAAAAUAGGUAUUUACCUUUAUCUUCUCUUCGUAGUACCAAGGACUUCUCAGCAUUCGUCAGACUAUUUCAGCAAAUGAAGAAAUCAAUUUCAUAAUUGUAUCAGAGACGAACCAUUUUAUAGCUGAAUAUAAGGACUGGAAGCUUGAAAGCUAUUCGUGAAUUUAAAACAUUAUGCAGCGAUUAGAGAACAAGGAUGCAGCUUGCAUAGCCUUCCACGAGGCCACUUCUUGUAUUGACGAAUAUUCCGCGGAUCCAUGUAUCUACGAGGAAAUUGAUUUAGAGGAAUCUAUACAUUUCAGUGAAGACAAAAAUGAUGAGGGAGCGAAUCGACAAGCUGGAAAAUUGUUGGAAAUGGGAUAUUCAAGAAAAAAUUCAUCAACAAAUUAUCAAUGCCGCAUUUGUAACAAAAGCUUCAAAAAUAUGUGUUCACGACUUUUCUCAUUCGAAACAUCGCUGAUUUCGCACCUUAAGCUACAUAACAACAUUAAGGACUAUAAGUGCUCCUAUUGUUCCAAGAUGUUUGCCCGACGUCGGAACAUGCUAAGCCAUGAGAAGUUAAUACAUGUGAAGGAGAAACCAUUCAUGUGUUCAAUCUGUGGUAAAACGUAUACGGACAGCACAUGCUUUAAGAAACAUAUCACAAAUCAUCAAAAUCCACAACUGACUGAACGAGCACCAGCAGUACAGGCGCAGCAGCCUAAAAGUCGAAAAACCAAACCAGAAAAACCAAUAUUACCCACACGUAAAGAAGCCGUUGAAAAGAAACCGCGACAACGUCGCAACACUGGUCCUAAAAAACACAAAUGUGAUUUAUGUGAUAAAAUGUUUGCUCGACGCCGUAACGUAUCACAUCAUAUGAUAUACACACAUAAUAAUCUUAAACCUCAUGAAUGCCAAUUUUGUGGGAAGAAGUAUUCGGAUAUCACUUCAUUCAAGCGUCAUAUACGUGCUCAUACAGAUCCUGUAGAGCUAAGAGCUCCGGCAAAAUUCGAGGCAACAGACGAGUACCUCAUCGAGGAUAAUGUUUUGGAUGAUUUCAACACCAUCGAACUACAAUCAGGGUCAACCGACGAGGCAAUUACUUUUAUUGUUAUAACGGAAAGUUGAGGAAAAAUAAAAUAAGAAAAUAAUAU